GAAGUGCGGACUGCCGGAACCCGGAAAAGUCCAAGCUUUAUAUCGGAAACCCGAUCUUUUAAUCGGACUCUCAUCCUCAGGGCUUCAUCAAACGACACUUCUUUUAAAUUCUCCAUUAUUCAAUUCAAAUCAAUUCAAUUCUUUCCCAUUUUCAAAGAAUUGGUCGCAGAAACUACACAAAAAAUUGCUUGUGAAAACUGAAACUUUCAACUUCUCUUCGUUUUCCUAAACUGUUUAUGGACUUCCAAGUACACGACAGCGGCGGAAUUGGAAGAUCUUUUAUAGGUUCAGCCCCAUACCAGAACAUGAACAGUGAUAUGGAGUCCCAGAUCCACAUACUUGAGCAAGAAGCAUAUGGUGCAGUUCUGAGAGCUUUCAAAGCACAGUCUGAUGCCCUUACAUGGGAGAAGGAAGGUCUGAUAACUGAACUGCGGAGAGAACUGAGAGUAUCAGAUGAUGAGCACAGGGAACUACUGACCCAAGUAAAUGCUGAUGGACUCAUUCAUAAAAUCAGAGAGUGGAGGAAAGCAGGGGGCAGGCUUAGUACCACACAGAUCAUGCCACAGCCUGUUCAUGAUCAACUACAGAGUCCAACAAUUUCAGCCUCUCGUAAAAAGCAAAAAACAUCUCAGUCAGUACCAUUUGGCACACAGUCUCAGACGUUACAUCCUCAAUCAAUUGCUGCGACACCACAGCAAUCUUUGGUUUCAAAAUGGGGACCUACUUCAGGAACUGUUGGCAGAAGACCUCAGCAUGGUCAGCCAGUGUUAUCAUCUCCUCCAGCAAUACAGUAUCAGCAAAGCAACCAAGGCCCUGGCGGCCGUUUCACAAAUGAGCUUGCUGAGAGAACCUCUGAUCCACUAAUUGGUAGGAAAGUUAUGACGCGAUGGCCUGAAGAUAGCAACUUCUAUGAGGCAGUUAUUACAGACUACAAUCCAAUAGAGGGCCGGCAUGCUCUGGUUUAUGACAUAGGUACACCUAAUGAGAGUUUGGAAUGGGUUGAUUUCAAAGAGAUAUCUCCUGAAGAUAUCCGAUGGAUAGGUGAUGAUCCAGGAAUAUCCCGACUAAAUGUUGGUAGUGGACAAGGCUUUGGAGGCAACACUCCAAAUGCUGGACGAGGGAGAGGACUUUCAAGGGAUCAACUUGAAAAUGACCAUAGGCCAUCACAGAAUGGGGUUGUGAAGAAAAUUGCUGAUGAUAUUGAAAUUCUUCAUACAGACACACUAAUUCAGAAGGUGGAGAAGGUAGUUGCUGCUAGUCAUCCUGAUCUUCUUGAGCUUGAAAAGGCUAAGAAAAUGCUCAAGGAGCAUGAACAAGCGUUGCUUGAUGUCAUUGCGAAGCUUGCAGAUGCAUGUGACGAUACAAGCGUAGAUGGGGAGCAUCAUGGACUAUCAGUGGGCAUGGAGCGUGGACAAGGACAUUUACAUGGUAGAAAUAACAGUGGCGCCAACAUGGCAUCUGAGAUGAGAAGCAGAAGUAGCAGCAGUUAUGACAUUACUAGGGGCCAGAUGCCGUUUGAUCACCAGCAAGAUGAUGAUGUUGUUGUUAUUUAACUUCUUGUGUUUAGUUUGCUGCAUCUGAAAUAUGUAACUUUUCUAGAAGUCGAGAUUGUAGCAUGGUAGGCCGUGAUGAAAGACCUGACCUGAUAAUCUUGGCAUAGGUGCUUGUUGGCUCAUGCAAUGUGGACGAUGUAAAGAGAUCCCUUUGCUAAAUUUCAUCCCCGUUACUUUUUCCUUUUUAACCUUUUUA